AUGGAGGCAGAAGAUGUUAUCGAAUUGUAUAUGAUGGAAAAAAUCCACUACAAUAUUCGAUAUACCCACUGGAUUGCAGAACUAAGAAGAAUCACGUUUAUAUUCCAGUUGCGCAGAAUAGAAAAUCAAAUGGAUUCAAUCGCCGGAGAGGUGGUGGAGAUCAAAAAUAGCAUCAUCACCAUCAAAGAUGCAGAACUUGAUGACUCUGUUGGGACUAGUUCAUCCUCAUCUCAGGGUGCAGAAGCUGGCAAAAUCGAUAUGGUUGGCUUGAACGAAGAUUUUCUAGAAAUAAAGGCUUGGCUUUGUGGAGAUUCGCGACAACUCCAAAUCCUCCCAAUAACUGGUAUGGGAGGAAUUGGCAAGACGACUCUUGCUAGAAAUGCUUAUGAUGAUCCAUUAAUCAUGGAGCAUUUUCAGAUUCGUGUUUGGGUCACUAUAACACAAUGUUAA